AUGAACCAGUUACUGGAUGAAAUUUCUACCGGAGGAUACAGGGCCUUCCGUGCACUGAUCCCUGAACCGCAUGACCGAAUACCAGUGGCGCCGUCCACAAUCAUUGUCGCCGCCGCUGCAUCUCUGCCGUUUGCAUUGCUUGCGGCAAUGUCCCGACGGCCGGGCACGUAUGUUAUCCGCCUUUUGUUGCUGCCCAGCGCCAUCGUUUCGAUCGUGAAGGUCGCAUUUGGUUAUGCAUGGAUGACACCUAUGCUGAACGUGUACAAUUGGGGACAAUGCUUGUUGGCAGAGGUUCUUAUCGCGAAAGCCCUUGAAUUUACCUUCACCAAAGAAGGAAUGCUCAAAAGAGAUGAGAUCCUCCCUGGUCAGCUGCAGAAGGCGCACAGCGACCACGACACAAACGGUUCUGUAACUUCAGUCGAACCAGACCUACGCAUUGACGCGUCCCUUAUUACCGACGCGAUUGAUGUCGCUCAUACGAUGCGGGGUUUGUCUUACCAAUACUCAGCUGGAGUACGCGUGCCUCCUCACACUCGUCCGCUUGAGCGUAGAGCCUUCCUUGGUGCUACGUUACGCUCCUUUAUCACCAAUUUCCUCAUCCUUGACCUAUUGGAGACAUUCCUCAAAUUAUUUCCGAAUGUCGGUUCACCCAGCGGUGGUAGCAUGUUUUAUCCGACCCUUCCUCUCGUAACACGAUACACUGUAUCUACGGUCAUACACGUCCUUACUGGCACCUGCUUAUUGGCCGGAUUUGGGAUGGUCUACGAUCUGAUCACUUUACUUGCGGUGGGCGUGGUCGGUGGCUCUCCAUUGCGCUGGCCUCCCGUAAUGGAAAAUCCCUGGAUAUCCCAAUCCAUGCACGAAUUCUGGGGGUUGCGGUGGCACCAACUCCUCCGCCAGACCUUCUUAGCGUUCGGCGGCUAUCCCCUUCAAUACGUCUUCAAACGUCUACAUCUUCCGUCCGACUUUGGUAUGGUAUUCGGCGCUUUCCUUGCGUCGGCUCUCUUCCACGAGUGCUCCAUAUACUCGAUGGGCAAAGGUUUUGACCCUGCUCCUGUGAUAUUCUUCCUUACGCAAGUCUUGGUUUUGGCCGCCGAGCGCAUAUGGAGACACGUUACGGGCAGGCGGGUCGGAGGCUGGCCGGGGACUUUGUGGGUAUACGCGAUUUUGUUCUUUGGCGCACAACCAAUGAUCGAUUCAUGGCAUCGACGGGGCUUGGGCGGAGGAUUGAUAAUCCCUCCAUUCCUUAGUCCUGCACGGCUCGUCCUAGUGCCAUUAAUCAAGCGCGUCUUGGUAUCCUCUCUAACCUCAACGUAG